AUAAUAGGAAAUAAAUAAUUCAUGGAUAAUAAAUAGUAAGUUGAAGUUGAAUCAAAGUCUCAUUUAUAAGAAGAUCUUGACAAAUAUUUAUUUGCAGACAACCAUUUUAAUGGUUAAAAUAGCAGUAGAGUUUAAGACGAUUCAGAAAGAGAAUUUCCUAAUCAUAUAUAAUAAGUAGUUUAUGAUGAAUCAGCAAGUUAGAAUGGUGAUUAAUAAAUAUCAAUAAAUCCUAAUAAAAUACAUCAAUAAAAAUAGCAAUUUAAUGAAGUUCAAUAAUAGGAAAUCUAUGAAAACAAUGAAAACUUCAAUUAAAAUUAACCAAAUUUAUAUAAUAAUGACAGGAGUUAUAGUUAAUCUAACUUAGAUGAUGAUAGCUGUAUUGAAUCUAAAAGUUUACAAAAUUAUAACAAAGAAAAUAAAGAAAAACUUAAAAUAUUUUAAAUGCAAAAGCAAAGUUAAUAAAACUUUAAUAUGAACACUUUGUAAAGCAGAUAAAAUGUCGAAAAAGAUAAUAUGAAUUACUUGCAAUCUUCAUUAAAUUACUGCAACAAAACAAAAGAUGAAAUUUAAGAAAUUAUUGAAUAAAUACCCUAUCCUGAUUAAUUAUCAAUGACUUCAAUAUCGAAUUCUACUCAUUCUUAUAUUGGUUCAACUCCUUAAAGAAAUCUUUUAGAUAAUGCGGAUUUUAGGCAAUCAAAGAAAUCUAUGAAAAGAGGAUCUCUAAAUAGAUUUAAUAACGAAAUUUAAAAAAUGGCAUAAUACUAAUCAUUAUAAAAUGGUAAAAAGUAAGCUCAUAGUAAAACUGAAGAAGACAACCAUGACAUAGCCCUAAAUUGGUCCAAAUCUAAUGUAAGACCUGGAGAUUAAUAAAAUAUAUUCCCAUAGGUACUUGCUCCCUCUAUAGAAUUAUCUAAUGAAAACUCUAUGAUUCUAAAGAUGAUGCAGUAAAAUAAUAGCGAUAUGAAUUAGGUUUAAAAGAUUAAUUUAGCUACUUUUGGAGGUUUUGAUACUCGUAAUGACGAAGAUUUAGAAGAUGAAUUAGAAAAUUAUAAUGAAAAUAGCAGGAUAAAUUAGGAUAUUCAAGGUUAAAUUGAUUAGCAAUAAAAGAGGUUAUAACAAUACCAAAAUAUAAAUCAUUAUAAUUAUAAUUCAAAUAAUACACCAUAUGAAUUAGGUCAUGAAGAUUUGUAGGAAGAUCAUGAGUAUUACAUAGAUGAUCAUAAUUUUUAACAAUAAUAGAGAUAGUUUGAAUAAAAAUCUUAGAAAAAUAGCAGCAUUAUUGAGCACAAUAAAAAUUAUUUAUAAUCAAAUAAUAUCAGUAAUAAUAAUAUGUAAAAUAAUUCAAAGAGUUUAAAUGUGAUAGAUAAGAGUCGCUCUUAAAAUUAUUCUAUGCAAGAGGAUCAGAUUAAUGCUGUAGCUUACCAAAAUAAUAGCUAAACUGAUAAUAGCUAUUAUGGUGAGAAGAGUAAUUAUCAAAGCUAAACUCUAUAGCAACAAUAUUAGUAAUAAAAAAUGCAUUAUAGCAAUAAUAACAAUGGACAUUCUUAAGUGAAUUACAGUGACAAUUAAAUGGAUGCCAGCUGCUUGAGCACUAAUUAACAAGAUCAAAGUGUUUUACAAAAUUUAUAGCAAAUUUAAAAUUAAACCAUUAACAUUAUGAGAAAAAGUGAUGAUGACAGUGCUAUGAGAAUUUAGCUGUCAUAGCUUUCGAUGGAAAAAAAUUAACUAAUGAACAGAGUCUAAUAUUUAGUUUAAUUAGUUAGUAAAUAUGAAUAGGAGAAAAUCUAUUAAGCAUCUCAAAUUGAAGAUUUGGAUCAGGUCUUGAAGCUUCUAAAGGAAAAAUAUAAAGAUAAUGGGAAUUUAGAAAAAUUAAGAGGAAGAGAGCUAGAGAAUGAAAGAUAAAAUAAUAAAAGGCUCAAAUAAUAAAUAGAGUCAAAGAAUGAGAAAAUUUAGUCUCUUCUUGAUGAGAUCUAAAAGUUAGAAUAAUAAAGAGAAGCUUAUCUAAUAGAGUUUGAAAAACAAAGAGAAAUUAAGCAAAAUGAUCAACAAAUGCUUUAGGAAUGCUAAAUUCAAAUGUAAUCUAUUUAGGAAUAAAACGAUUAACUCCUUAUUAAAAAAGAAGAAUUAGAAACAGAACUUCAGACAAGAGAUUUUAACCUUGAAAAUAUGAAACAAACCUAUUAGCAGAGAGAAAAGUUAUUAAAAAAUGAAUUGAGUAAGUAGAGAAUGCAAUAUGAAAAAGAACUCUUUUCAUAUUAAUAGGAAAUAUAAAUUCUGAAUAAGGCUAAAGAGGCUGAAAGAUAAAAAUUGCUGAUGAGGGAAGAAAGUAUUCAAAAUGAUUAAAUCAAUAAAUAGACUAUCGCAAAUUUGAAUGAAGAAAUUCAUGAAUUGAUAUAGCUAACAGAAAAGAAAGAUAGAACUAUUGAAUUGCUUCGCUUAGAAUUAGAAGAAUACAAAGACGAAGUAAGACAAAAUCUUUUGAAAAAUUUUUCUUAUUGGAUUUAAAGCGAAGAGUUUAAGAACAACGAUUAUGAAAUAAUGAUUGAAAUAAUUAGAUCUUAUUUGUAAGAGUUAAAAUAUGAAAAUGAAGGACUCUCGGUCUCUGUUAAAUAAAAUAAUAAAUAAAAAAUUGAAAGUGUGAGUGAAAUGAGAAAACUAAAGAGUGAAAACUAUAAGUUGAAGGAUGAAGUAUUAAAUUUAUCACAGCUAAAUGAUGAUAAAACUAAUAUCUCGGGAUUAAGCAAAGGAAUUUUAGAAGAUAAAUAAGAAACGAAUUAUCUCAAUGAUUAGAUUAACUAAUUAAAUAGUGAUAUUUCUAAACAACGUUAAAAUUAUGAAUCUUAAAUUGAAAAGUUAAAAAAUGAAAUAAAUAUUCUUAUUGAAGAAAAGCAGAACACUUUAGAAAAGAUUAAUUUUGAAAUGAAGAUAUUGUAAAACGAAAAUGAUAGUUUGAUUCAAGAAGUUGCAUAAUUAAAAUCUAUGACAUAAACUGGCUAAAAUAUUAUAAAUGAGCUUGAGAAUAAACUCAAAAAAACUUAGCAAUAGCAGUUACAACAAUAAUCACACUAACAAAAAAACAUAAGCUAAAGCAGUUAAAUAAGCUUAGAGUAAUCAGCUUCUACCUAAGAGCUUGAAUUAAAAAAUAUGCAAAGAAUAAUAGAAGAAGAGAAAAAGCAGCUAAAUGAAGCACAAUUAAAAUUUGAAGAAGAUAUUUAAAAGAAAUAUGAAGAAUUCCACUUAAAGGAGUAAGAACUUUCUAAAAGGAUAAAAAAUAUUUAGAUAUAAGAAGAAGAAAUAAAAUAAUAAAAAGAUUUAAUUAAAAGUUAAUAAUAAGCACUAUUAUCUAUCAAUUCUGAUAGGAGCACUAAAAAUACAGAAAAAGUAAAUCUUGGUUAGAUUGAUCAAGAAUAGCUUAAGAAUUUAUAAACUUAAUUAAAGAGAGAACAAUAAGAAAAAGAUUUAAUGAAAACUGAAAAUGAUCAUCUAAUAGAGCAAAUCGAAAACAAAGAAAAAGAAAUAAACUAACGUGAUGAUUUAAUUAAGCAGUUUGAAGAAAAAUGCGAAAAGCAAGAAAGAAUGUUAAAAGAAGAGAGAAAAAAAUUAUCUGAAUGGUAGAAAGAAAAUAAAGUACUUUUAGACAAUAUUAAUCAAUUAAAAAUAAAUUAUGAGAAAAUGUAAACACAGCUUUAGACUAAUGUGAGUCAACUCCAUCAAAAAUAACAAGAAAUGUAGCAACAAAUUAAAAAUUAAAAAUAACUUAGCAAAAAAAAUAAAAAUUUGAGUCAAACAAACUUGGAAUUACUCUCAAAGAUAUAAAAUUUAAAUGAAUAAAUAAACAAUAUAGAAAAAGAACGCCUUUUCUUUAACUCCUAGCCUUCACCUAUAUUCCACAAUAAAGCAAAAUCUUGCUAAUAUAAUAAUAAAGGACAUUUAAUGCAAGAUAAUUAGAAAGCAUAAGAUUUAAAUAGAAAGAGAAAAAAUUCUACAAACAGUGCUAGCUCAACAAAAAGAGAUAAUAAGAGCUUGCUGAAUCUCAUAUAAAACACUUUUAACAAUAGUUCUCAUAAUAUAAGAUAAUCCACAUUACCUGAAUAUCCUAUAAAUGAUAAUGCAUUUGAUUAGCCAAAUGCACAGAAUCAUAAACUAAACUAAUUGCAUUUAACUCAUCCAAGUUAAAAUAACCUAAGUUUAGAGUCUUUUUAUCAUAAUCUUGGAGGAAAUACAAAUGUAGUAAACAGUUCAAUAAAUCAUAGUAAUAGAUAGGAUUCAUACAAGAAUCUAAUUUCUUCUGUUAUGCCUUCUACAUAUUAAAAUAAUAGACACUCUAAUAGAAUCCCUCCAUCAGUGAAUCAUAACGAUUUGUAAGGUGAAGAAACAGGAGCUAAAUCCCAAGUUAUUGAAUAAAAGACUAAUAAUGCUACACAAAAAGUAAAAGAUGAUAACUUAUUCAGCAGCUAAAAUCAUAACUUUACUAUUAGCCAAAGUUAUAAUUAAAACCAAUUGAGUUAAUUUAACAGGAACCCAUCUAACAUUUCUGACACUCUAUAAAUGCUAAUCAGUGAACCUAAUCAAUAGUAAAAAUAACAAACGCAUGAAAACUAAGGUAUUAUUUAGCAAAAUUUAACUACAAAAAUAGAAACUGAAACAACUUCAAGAUAAAAAAAUCAAUAAAUAAACUUUGAUGAUAACAUUCAUAGCAAUAAAACAGAAUAAAAUACAUGCGAAAGAUGUAACAGCCAGUUCCAAUCACUACACGAAGAAAGAUAAUAAAUCGAAACUAUGAGAGAACAAAUGGAAAACUACGAAUUAGAAUUUAUACAAAUGAAGGAAUUUUUCGUAAAUAAGUUAAAAGAUGUAACUUCCACAAUUAAAGACUUAGAGCUUUAAAAGAGUAUCCUUGAAAAGGAAAACCAAGAUUUAAGAACAUUCAAAGCAGACUAUUUUACUUAAAUUGCUUCACUAGAACACCAAAAAGCAAUUUACGAAAGAUAAGUUUACAAUUAAAUUAUGGCAUAAAAGAAGCUAGAAUAAUCUAAAGAUGAAGAUAAUGAAAGUGAUUGUAACAGUAACUACUUAACUAUCACACCAGAAAUGCUUUCAGCAGAGGAAACUUUAGAUUUGAUGCAAGAAAUACUCAGAAAGGUAGUAAAAAGCAAUGAAAUGAAAAAAAUUUUAUUAAAAUCAACAGAUUUAAAAAAUCUUAUUCUAGCGUUUGCAGAGCAUUAGCAAAUUUAAUAAUAAUAAUAAUAGCUACAUUAAACUAUAAAUACUUAACAAUCAAGUAUCUAAUAAUUUAAUUCUACAUAAUGCAACAGUAACUACAAUAAUCAAUCUGCACCAAAUUUAAUUAGCAAUCAUUAAACUGCUAAUAAAUUUAUCAAUCCAAAAUACUUACCUUAUCAUUCCUAUAAUUCAAGGACAAAAAAAGUAGGAGUAAAUACUGCUUAUUUAAGCAAUAGCUAUAUAGAUCAUACUUUGAGCUAAAAUAAAAAUUUGAGUAUGUUAAACCCUAAUGAAACAGUUAACUAUAACUAAAACAACUUCACAAUGUAAAAUAACUCCUCUUCUGCUCUUAUCUAUCCCUUAAAUUAAUAGAAUGGUGUGAAUUAAAACUUAUUUAAAGCAAAUGAAAAUAAAACUUAAAUUCAUCUUUAAAAAUUAUUAGAUGAUUAAAAUAAAAAGCAAAAUUACUAGAACUUUAGUGGAUAAUAACAUUAAAAUAGCAAAGCUUAUCAUAGCCAAUAUAUAAAUCCAAAGAGCAUAACAUAAAAUAAUUUUUAUUCCUAAAAUCCUAAUUAACAAGUUAAAUAACAGAUUUAUGACUCUAAUAACUAUAAUCAAAAUAAUUAUCUUCAAGUUUAAAAUCAAAAUCUCAUCAAUAUCCCAAUUCAAAGCUAAAUACCUCCACAUGUAAUGCAUUACACCAAAAAUAAUAAUUAAAAUUUACCUUUAUCAUCUAGACGUGAUAAAAAAUAGCAAUUUUUAUCUUUAGACUAAAAUAUAAUUAUGUAAUGA